AUGGACGGCAGCGGCCCCUUCAGCUGCCCCAUCUGCCUGGAGUCGCUCCGGGAGCCAGUGACGCUGCCCUGCGGCCACAACUUCUGCCUCGCCUGCCUGGGCGCGCUUUGGCCGCACCGCGGCGCGGGUGGCGCCGGCGGGCCGGGAGGCACGGCCCGCUGCCCGCUGUGCCAGGAGCCCUUCCCCGACGGCCUGCAGCUCCGCAAGAACCACACGCUGUCUGAGCUGCUGCAGCUCCGCCAGGGCUCCGGCCCGGGGCCCGGCCCCGGCCCGGCCCGGGCCCCCGAGCCGGUGGCGCCCAGUGCGCCGCCCAGUGUGGCGCCCAGUGCGCCGCCCAGCGCCCCGGAGCCGUCGGCUCCCUGUGCGCCGGAGCCGUGGCCGGCGGGCGAAGAGCCGGUGCGCUGCGACGCGUGCCCCGAGGGCGCCGCCCUACCCGCCGCGCUCUCCUGCCUCUCCUGCUUCGCCUCCUUCUGCCCCGCGCACCUAGGCCCGCACGAGCGCAGCCCCGCGCUGCGCGGACACCGCCUGGUGCCGCCGCUGCGCCGGCUGGAGGAGAGCCUGUGCCCGCGCCACCUGCGGCCGCUCGAGCGCUACUGCCGCGCGGAGCGAGUGUGCCUGUGUGAGACCUGUGCCGCCCAGGAGCACCGGGGCCACGAACUCGUGUCGCUGGAGCAGGAGCGCGCGCUCCAGGAGGCCGAGCAGCCCAAAGUCCUGAGCGCUGUGGAGGACCGCAUGGACGAGCUGGGCGCGGGCAUCGCACAGUCGCGGCGCACGGUGGCCCUCAUCAAGAGUGCAGCCGUGGCAGAGCGGGAAAGGGUGAGCCGGCUGUUUGCCGAGGCUGCAGCCGUCCUGCAGGGGUUUCAGGCAGAGGUGCUGUCCUUCAUCGACGAGGGGGAGGCGACCAUGCUGGGCCGCUCCCAGGGCGACCUGCGGCGGCAGGAGGGACAGCGCAGCCGGCUCAGCCGGGCCCGCCGCAACCUCGGUCAGGUCCCUGAAGCCGACUCGGUCAGCUUCCUGCAGGAGCUCCUGGAGCUCAGGCUGGCCCUGGAGGAGGGGUGCGGUCCCGGGCCCGGGCCCCCAAGGGAGCUCAGCUUCACCAAGUCAUCCCAGGCCGUGCAGGUGGUACGAGAUGGCCUGGCUUCAGCCUGCACCAGCCAGUGGGAGCAGCUGCAGGGGCUGGGCAGCGACGAGGAUGGGCUGCAGAAGCCAGGCACGGAAGCAGAUGCUGAGUCCCAGGACCCCGAAAGCGCCAACAGCCUGGAGAGUGAGGCUCCCAGGGAUUACUUCCUCAAGUUUGCGUACAUCGUGGACCUGGACAGCGACACGGCAGACAAGUUCCUGCAGCUGUUUGGAACCAAGGGUGUGAAGAGGGUGCUGUGUCCCAUCAACUACCCCGAGUCGCCCACCCGCUUCACCCACUGCGAGCAGGUGCUGGGCGAGGGCGCCCUGGACCGGGGCACCUACUACUGGGAGGUGGAGAUCAUUGAGGGCUGGGUCAGCGUGGGAGUCAUGGCUGAAGACUUCUCCCCGCAAGAACCCUACGACCGGGGCCGGCUUGGACGCAAUGCUCACUCCUGCUGCCUGCAGUGGAACGGACGCAGCUUCUCCGUCUGGUUCCACGGGCUGGAGUUGCUCCUGCCCCACCCCUUCUCGCCCACCGUUGGGAUCUGCCUGGAAUAUGCUGACCGAACCCUGGCCUUCUAUGCCGUGCGGGAUGGCAAGAUGAGCCUUCUGCGGAGGCUGAAGACCUCCCGGGCCCGCCGGAGCGGCACCCCAGCCUCCCCGGUUGACCCCUUCCAGAGCCGCCUGGACAGCCACUUUGCGGGGCUCUUCACACACAGGCUCAAGCCCGCCUUCUUCCUGGAGAGCGUGGAUGCCCAUCUGCAGAUCGGGCCCCUCAAGAAGUCCUGCAUAUCCGUGCUGAAGAGGAGGUGAUGCAGGGGGCACGGGGCCUCCUCCCGCUGCGGUCGCAGCUCCUGGGAAGCUUGCUUCUCUGCACCCCUGCUUUGCCCCAGGGAAGACACCGGCCUUGGAGUCCCACACAUUCCCCAGGCUUCUCAUUCCUAGAGGCCUCCACCUUCCAUAUACAAGGCCUUCCACCUCUCAGGGAGGAGGCUCCCCAGACCCUGUCCCCCUGCAGGCCUUGUUUCUGGGAGAAGGGUUACCCCGACCCCUCCUCUCCCAGGUUCUUGGGACAGUGCCUGGCACAUAGUAGGUGCUCAAUAAA